AUGUUAAAAAGUGUUAGAUAUUUAGCUACUCAAGCUAGUUUUAAUAAAGUUUCAAAUUUAAAUAGAGCUACAUUAACUAUAAAGGAUGGACCAGUUUUCAGUGGAUAUUCAUUUGGUGCAAAUAGAAAUAUUUCAGGCGAGGCUGUUUUCACAACUUCAUUAGUUGGGUAUCCAGAAUCAAUGACAGACCCAUCAUAUAAAGGACAAAUAUUAUGUUUCACACAACCAUUAAUUGGUAAUUACGGUGUUCCAUCAUCGACAGCCAAAGAUGAAUUUAAUUUAUUAAAAUAUUUGGAAAGUCCAAAAAUACAAUGUAUAGGUAUAGUAGUUGCUGAUGUUGCAUUACAAUAUAGUCAUUGGACAGCAGUUGAAAGUUUACAACAAUGGUGUAAAAGAUCAGGAGUUGCAGCUAUAACAGGUGUUGACACAAGACAAUUAGUUUCAUAUUUAAGAGAUAAAGGUUCAUCAUUGGGGAAAAUUACAAUUGGAGAGGAAUAUGAUGCUGAUGAAGAUGCGGCAUUUGAAGAUCCAGGUUCAGUUAAUUUAGUUUCAAAAGUUACUACAAAACAACCAUUUCACAUUGCUUGUCCACCAGAAUUUUCAAAAGGUAUACAUAUUGCAGUUAUAGAUUGUGGUGCAAAAGAAAAUAUACUUAGAUGUUUAGUUGAAAGAGGUGCUUCAUUAACUGUAUUUCCAUAUGAUUAUCCGAUUGAUAAAAUUGCAAAUAAAUUUGAUGGUAUUUUUAUAUCUAAUGGACCAGGAGAUCCAACUCAUUGUCAAUCAACAGUUGAAAACUUAAAGAAAAUUAUAGAACAGUAUAAAGAUUUACCAAUUUUUGGUAUUUGUUUAGGUCAUCAAUUAUUAGCAUUAGCAUCAGGAGCAAAAACUAUAAAAUUAAAAUAUGGGAAUAGAGCUCAUAAUAUCCCUGCAUUAGAUUUGGUAACUGGUAAAUGUCAUAUAACAUCACAAAAUCAUGGUUAUGCAGUUGAUGCAAAUACAUUAAAUUCAAGUUGGAAACCAUAUUUUACAAAUUUAAAUGAUUUAAGUAAUGAAGGUAUGAUACAUACAGAACAACCAAUAUUUUCAACCCAAUUUCAUCCAGAAGCAAAAGGUGGUCCAUUAGAUACUUCAUUUUUAUUUGAUAAAUUUUUUAAUAAUAUUGAAAUUUAUAAAAAGAAUAAUGGAUUAAAUUUACCAUUAGUUGAUAAUAGUUUAUUAGUUGAUAUAUUGCCAAAACAAAGAGUUGAAUAG